CUUUAAGCUUUAAAUAUAAAAAAAAAUUAUCAAUUAAAAAAAAUGAUUUGCGAGAACGUUAUUUAUUUUGUUUUAAUCAACGAGACGUUUAAUCAUUAAACAAUUUACAUUUGUAAGACUGGGAAAGAAUGCUUUUGUUUAAAUGGGUUGUCCUGGUGAUUUUCAUAAACAAAAUGUUGUUAAUUUGAUAACUCUCAAACUAAAUAUGCAUGUGGAUCAAUAAAAUUAUCAAAACCAUCAAGAUGUCUGAAGAAUUAACAAAAAACUUAUUGAAAAGUUAUUAUGGCUUUGGAGAAAUAAAACAAAAAAAUGCUACUAACUUUUUGGCAACACAUAUGGGUUUUGAUUAUUUAUAUUUUGAUGAUAAGAUUGUCUCAAAUGAUAGUAAUGAUUGUUUAACCAAUAACAAUCUUAAUAGGAUCGAUCUACAUGACAAGAUUGAUGUCAAAGAUGACACAAACCAGUUUACUAUUGGUGACCAUCUUCAACGUUCUUGGCGAGCAUUAGAUGAUGACACUAACUUGAUAGUGAAUCACGAGUCUGAUAAAGAGCCUCAAAACGCACCUAAAAUUAAAAACCUGGACGAUAACAAUACGAAAAAUUUUAAGUUGAAUUAUCCCUGUGAUACAGACAAUCGAGAUGACUCAGCUUCAGACAUUUCUUCAAUGUCUAUGAAAAAAAAAACAAAAAAAAAACAAAAAAAGAAAUUGGCAGAUGCUGUUCUUUCAAUUCCAGUAAAUGAUAAAAAAUUGCCAAUUAUUACUGACCAAUUUUGUGACAUGACAAACUCUCACUUGGAAGAAUUUCCUCAAUAUUUUUUAAAUAAAAUUGCAAAUAUUAAGAUGAUUUAUCUGGAAAGUAAUUUAUUAUCAGAACUUCCUAGUGAUUUUUUUGAUAUUUUAAGGCAUCUUCAAUGGUUUGAUAUCAGAAACAAUCGUCUAAAAUCUCUUCCUUCCUCAAUAAAAAAUCAUUCUUGUCUUGAAACAAUUAUGCUUCAAGGAAAUUUAUUAGAGAAACUUCCUCUAGAACUCGGUCUUAUACCAAAACUAAAAACACUUCACACAAGCGGAAAUCCACUGAGUUAUCCGUCUACAGAUAUUUUAAAUAAAGGAUUUUCAAGAAUAAUACAAUUUUUACGUGAAGAAUGGAAUAAACUUAAUCCAAAUGAACAAGUUUUUUCUCCAUCAGCAGGUUCGAAAAUGAUCAAGUCAUCGUCAACAGAUUUUUCUAAUAAUCUUUCGACUAUAUCAAAAUUGUCAUCGGGUUCAUAUAAACAACUAAAAACAACCUCAUCAGUAUCAACUUUAACUUUAUCAUCAAAAAAAAAAAAACUAACAACACGAGAAAAAUCUAGAAAUUAUAAACCAAGUAACAGGUGUAGAAAAAUUCAUAAUGAAGAGUUUCUAGAAGAAAAACUUCGAUGGAUUUUGAAAGUCAAGGAAAUACUUAUCGAACAAUCAAAAGUUCUUCAACAAAACAAAAAUCAAGAUGCUUUAAAUUUAUGGAGAAUGAAAAGAAAAAAUAUCGAUAAAAAUAUUGAGAAAGCUUCUUCCAGAACUGAAGAAGAUAUUCCGUUUGCCAUCGACAUAAGAGAUAUGCCGUUUUUAAAAACACAUAAAAAUAAAAAAUUAAUAGACAAGAAAAAAGCAAGUUUUUUUAAAAAUACUGAUGAAAUCGAUACUAAAAUGAGAGAGAUUUUCGAAUCAUUGAAAUUAUCAGAAAACAGAGAUCAAAAUAUUAAAAAUCAAGGACCUGAUUUGCAUUUAAAUGUUCUUAAAUCUAAAAUAAAAAAGAUUGAAGAACUGUACUCUGAGAUUCAAAAGUUGAAAAGAUUUAAUACCACGACAAUAUCAAAAAAUUAUAAUGGACCAAAUAUUGAAAAAGAAGUUGUUUACAAACUGCUUCCUUCGAUGAUAAUAUAAAUAAAUUGAAAAAGAU